GGUUCGUAUGGUAUUGGGGUUUCAAGGCUCUUUGGUGCAAUAAUAGAAGCUUUCCAUGAUGAUAAAGGAAUUACCUGGCCAGAAGCAGUGGCUCCUUUCAGGGUUGGGUUAAUCAACUUACAGACAAAAACGGCUGAAUAUGUAGAGAUUGCAAAUAAAAUAUACAGUACUUUAAAAAGUGACGAAGUGUUUCAUAAUGAUACAGAAGGAAGUAUAGGAGUAAGAUUUGCUAAGAUGGACCUCAUAGGCUUGCCAUGGCAAAUAAUUGUUGGGAAGAAAGCAGUAAGUGAAAAUAUAAUUGAAAUAAAAAAUAGAGCAACUGGAAAGGUAAAGGAAGUGCAGAUUGAAGAAGCAAUAAACUACUUUAACGUAAAA